AUGUCAGGCCGAUUGAAUAAGAUAACAUCCUCAUUACGUGGAGGUGGUUGUGGCUCUAUUAAAACAAUACCCUACACAGAUAUAGUCAUAAAGUCUGAUAUUUAAGACAUAGAAAAUUUCAUUACUAGAUUUGAUUAUUUUGUCUAAACGAUUUACUCUAAAGCAGCUGUUGCUGCUAAUCAAUCAGAAGCUUAAGAAAUAAUGAUAGCCAUAUAGUGGUUUAUUUUUUAAGAGGAAAACAUUUAUAAACUCAUCAAGAAUUCCUAAAAGGUUUUGAAAUCAUACAACUUACUUAUAGAUGGAAUCCUAAAAUUAUUGAAAAGUUGUUUGAUCUAUGUCAGAACAGAUUCAUUUAAAUGUUUAUUCAUCUUAAGGACGACAGCUUCUCUAUCUAAAGUGAUAUUUAGCUUCCAUAUAAGAAAGGAAUAGAGAUUUAUGAACUGUGAUACAUAAAAGCAAUUUGUGGAUAUUUGUGAUGAAUUAAGAUAAUAAAUGGAAAUAGAAAAGAAUGAUUUAAUUCAUACUGAAUUGGAACUUUACGUUUUCUUAACAAAAACUUCUUUCCAGAUCGCCCCAAAUGAUGGUAAGGAUAGGGAUGAUAUUUUAAAUGGUUGCCUAAAUGGUAUCUUUAACUCAAUAUUUGAUAUGAAACCUAAUACUGAAUUGUUUAUGUAAUUGUAUCAUGGAGCCUGCUUACUUUACAAUAAGUAUACAGUUUAAAAAAAUAGAGAAUAAUAUGAAGUAUAUUUUUAAAUUGAUAUGUUGCAAUGGGAGAUUAUAAAUAAUUUUAAAAAUGACAGCUAACAGAAUUUGGAAGAAAUAAUUAUAUAAAUUGAGAAAACUCAUUAAAAACUUGUGAAAAAUUCAAGUAAUUGGCAAAAUCAUUUUUUGUGGAUCUAAAUGAUUGGAAAAAUCUUUAUCUAUAACCCUCUAAUAACCAAACAAAAACUAAAGCUGGCUAGCUCUUUUAAUCUUGAAGCCAAAUGGAAGGAAUAUAUGAACAAAGGAUUUCUGAUUUAAAUGAAUCAUUGCAAAGAUUAAGCUUUAAUUUUGCUUAAUUCGUUUAAAAAUAAAUAAAUAACUUAAAUUGAUAAAUUAAUACUAGAAGACUCCUUCAAAGAAUGGGAAAACCUUAUGUUGCUAAAAGAAUUCUUAAUGAAUGAAAAAAAAGAUAAUAUCUAUUUCACAUUUGGUUUUUAUUUAAAAUUAGAAUUAGAAAGUAUAGAAAUAUAAGAAAAUCUUACUUUUUCGGCAGUUUACAAAAUUAAACAAUUUUUUGAUUUCAUCAUUUCAAAUAAAUUAAUAGCACUAAUUCAGGAAAAUGAUGAGAGGUUGGGAGUAGUUGUUAAAAAUUAUAAAAAUUUUAUCCAAAAAAAUUAGUAUUUUAUGUCGCAAUUGAAUAAGCUACGUACAAUUCAUAAUUAAAAAAUAUGAUU